CUAACACGUGAUCGCAAUGUUUAACACAAAACGAAAUGUAAAUAAAAGUUUUCAAACGAAAUGAUUGUCUGAAACAAAGACUUGAUUUGAAUCCACAACUCGUCGUUUGAAUCCAUUCUUCCGACACAACCAUUGAUUGGCCGCCAUUUUGGACACAAGAUCUGAUUAGAAGGGAUGGGCUGUCGAUACAUAGCGGCCGGCUUUCGGCAGGACAUGGAAACGCUGUUCAAUCGGUUCUGCACUUCAGAGCCGCCCGAAGAGACCCAACCCGUGUCCUCAGCAACCGAUGGACGCAAUGGAGUGAAGACAGAGACAGAGGUGACGGCGGAACCGGUGCUGAGUCUUCGGUUCACCCGUUUCUGUGAGAUCUGGCGAGAGAUGCACUUCUCGUAUAUCUUUAAGUUCCGCCAAAACGAUAACGAAAUGCGAGAAUUUGUGGACGAAAUGUAUUUAGAAGUCCUCCCGAAUGUGGCCGAAGACCAUCGGCUCGAGCGCCGCGUCUGCGCUCUGUAUCUGCUCUACUCGUUGUACUCAAAACAGCCCAAACUCGACGGCCAAACGGCAGCGCCGCAGAAGAUACGGAUCAACUUCGCGUAUUUGCAGCAAAUGCGAGACCUCAUCGAGACGUGCAAACAAUUGGAUCAAUUGGAUGUGUGUUAUGUCUGGUAUAAACUGUUGUCUAUGGGAGCCAUUCAUUUCGUGCACGUCUCGCGACUCAUGGGUCCGCUCUUUAUCCGCAACAGUCGUGUCACUAAUGAAACCCAAACCAAAACCGACUUUCUUAUCGACCAGUUUCAGACAUCACUUAUGGCGCCUUUGGAUGAGUUGUCGCACAUUCACGAGAAAUACAGAGCCAUGAAAGAGGCGAUCGUCGACGAGAGCCCGCAAUUAGAGCCGCAGUUCAAACAUGUGGAUCACAUUAAUGACAAUCAGUUUGAGUUAACCAAAGCUCAAAUGUAUAACUUGGCCAAAGAGUUCAGCAAUACUACAGUCAAGACAUCGACAAACACUGCGGCCAAUGACGAGACGGAAGAAUGCGAUGAAUUGAAUGACAAGACAUACGACGCGAUCGGAGAGAAGCGCCGAAAGUUGAAAGAAAAGGCUUUCGGUUUCGGAAAUGCGAGCAAUAAUACGAUGGAAAAGACCGAAACGACAGAUCAGAUCACAGACGCAGACAAUAAACGGAAGAAGAAGUCGACGACAAUAGCGGGCAAAAAGAGAGGCCGACCAAAGGUGGCCAGAAUUACUGAUCAAUUGUGAUUGAGAAGCAAAUUAUG